AUGACAGCCGAUUCUCUUCACUCGCCUAGCCCAGGGGCCAGCCCGGCCUCCCCCGACCUGCACGGGGCUUCCCCGUCGGGCUGCAAGGUGGAGCCGCUGUUGAUCAAAGCCGAGCCCAGGGGCAGUCCGGCGGAGGCAGGAGGCGGGGAGCCGCUGACAGAGGAGCAGCUGCCCUGCUCCGGUGUGAGUGGCGGCGGCGGCGGCGGGGGCCGUCGGAGGAAGCGGCCGGUGCAGCGCGGCAAGCCCCCGUAUUCGUACAUCGCGCUGAUCGCCAUGGCCAUCGCCAACGCGCCGGAGCGCCGGCUGACGCUGGGGGGCAUCUACAAGUUCAUCACGGAGCGCUUCCCCUUCUACCGCGAGAACCCCAAGAAGUGGCAGAACUCCAUCCGCCACAACCUGACGCUCAACGACUGCUUCGUCAAGGUGCCCCGCGAGGCCGGCAGCCCCGGCAAGGGCAACUACUGGAGCCUCCACCCGGCCUCGCGGGACAUGUUCCACGACGGCAGCUUCCUCCAAGUCGCCCGAGCGGGCCCUUGCAACGGCUCCGGAGGGGUCGCUUAUCCGGGCGGCGGCGGCGGCGGCGGCCCCCUCUACUCGCCCGGCGGCACCUACGGGGCGCAACUGCCCAGCCUGUCCCAGUACCCGGGGGCGCCCCCUGCGCUGCAGCCCCGCAUGUUCAGCAUCGACAGCCUGAUCAGCUCGCAGCAGCAGCAGCAGCAAGCCGCGGCUCUCCAGGCUUCCCCGGUGGGAGCCGAGUUGGCCCAUCACGCCUUGGGCCUCAACAGCGGCGGCUGUCCCGUAGGCAACCCCGAGGCCUGCUUCCAGACCCAGCAAGUCAGCCCCGGCUUGACGGGCCGGCAACCCCCUGCCUUGGCCUACCCGUACUCGGCCUCCCCACCCGGCCAUCUCGGAGUGCCGCCAGGCGCCUAUUCCUCUCCGAACGCGCAGCUCUACGGAGCGCCCAACAGGUUGGCCCUGCCGCCGGGCCGCCCUGCCUCUUCCUGCGCCGACCACGCGGAACAACUGCUGGGCCUCACCGCCUCCCAGCUCAACGGGCUCGGGCAGUUCGGAGGCGCCAAUAACUCUUACAUGAGGCAGCCCAACUUUCCCUCUGGCCUGGAAAGAUACUUGUGA